UGUUCCUAAUGUUUGUACAUUCAGUGAAUGUUAUGGUAGUCACACUACACAGUUAUUUAUAGCAUAUUCAUCCCUGCACAUCUUGGGUAUUUUCCAUUUUGUAUUCAUGCAUGUUGCUGUGAGAUAAAAUGUGUUUGAGUUUCCAUUUCAAUAAAGCUUGACAUCGUCUUUUGCAUGAUGUUGGUUGCUUUGAAUGUUUCCAAGCGACUGUAAUGUGCAUGCUCUCUUCUUAUUGGUGGCAUAUUAAUGUGUUCUCUCCCCAUCUCUUCAGCUGUCCUUCUCACAUCUAUGUUUUCUAACCAGGACCUCACUCCUAAACAUGCCCCUAUGUUUCUAUUGGCCCGGCAUAGUGUAGUUACUGAUAUUUAGUUUCAGAAUGCACACCAUUUCUCUUUACAUAUUUGAAAAUAUAUUUUGGAAAAGACAAGCAGAAACACACGGACACACGCACACACACAUUAAUAAACAUAUAUGCAAGUUGAUUAUUUUGAAAUAGCAUUUUCAUUUGAAUAGCAUGUUAAACAGUUUUACAUUUACUUUAAAACUGACCCCAAUGACAGGUGAAUUAGUAGUUGAUGAGCAGCAGAAGGCUCUCUUUCUGACCCUACAUCAAUAAGAGUGUCUAUCUGCCUUGGUUCCAGCCCUAAAUGACUCCAUGCUGACACUGAACAGAGAUGAUCCCAGAAUCUUUCAUGAGAGUAUCAGACACGCCGGAGGCCCCAACUGGAACAUAGAAGCAUACCACCUGAGGAGGGAGGACACUGACUGGUUUGACAAGCCUGCAGAGAGACAACAUCGGGUAAACGGACAAGCUCUGGACAGGAGACAGAUGAAGUUGAUUCCCUAUGUGUAUCCUCACACCCGGAUCAAAGUACAGAGAGACCCCAAGGACAGCAGCGUUUCAGGGAAUGGCCUGGGGAUUCGUGUGGUGGGAGGGAAAGAGAUUCCUGGGAGUCGUGGUGAGAUAGGAGCUUACAUUGCCAAGGUUACGCUCGGGGGAGUGGCUGAACAAACAGGGAAAGUGGUGGAAGGAAUGCAGGUGUUGGAGUGGAACGGGGUUCCUCUGAUGGGGAAGACCUACGAGGAGGUGCAGUGCAUUAUGAGUCAGCCGUGUGCAGAGGCGGAGUUCUGUGUCAGACUUGAUCUGAACAUGCUGUCUGACCCUGAUCACCCCCAGGCCCUGGAGAACCACGCCCAGCUGAAGCCUGGUGACAGGCAGCGUUCUCCAGGAGUGGAUCCUAAGCAGCUGGCUGCGGAGCUGCAGAAGGUGUCCCAACAACAGGCCCCUGGGAUGGGGUUGGGUGUGGGGGGGCCAGUAGGGGUCCUUUCUGCCCUGGACCGCUCAGCUCUGUUACACUCAGGCAAUGCAUCGGCCAGCUCUAGUGCCGUCCCCAGCCCCGGCCAGCCUGCCUCCCCAGCCAUCAACAAGAAACAACGCCACAGCACCAAGUCGACAGCAGACGUGCAACUGCUGAAGCCUCAGCCUCGUCCUGUAACAGGGGAAAUACAGCUCCAGAUCCACUACGACAGGAACCUGGGGAACCUGAUAGUGCAUGUCCUCCAGGCCAGGAACCUUGCUCAGAGAGACCCCAAAGAAUACUCUGACCCCUUUGUCAAGGUCUACCUCCUACCAGGGAGAGGACAAGUCAUGGUAGUCCAGAACGCAAGUGCUGAGAACAAGAGGAGAACCAAGUACGUCCAGAGGAGUCUGAACCCAGAGUGGAACCAGACAGUCAUCUACAAGAACAUACACCUGGAACAGCUAAAGAAAAAGACUCUGGAGGUGACAGUGUGGGAUUAUGACAGAUCUUCCUCCAAUGACUUCCUGGGAGAAGUGUUGAUAGACCUGUCUAACACGUCCCAGCUGGACAACACUCCUCGCUGGCUGCCUCUGAAGGAGCAGAGUGAGAGCAUCGAGCACAGCAGAACCCACCACACCGCCCAGGGGCCUGGGGGGCCAGGAGCAGGGAUAGGGCCAGGACAGGGGUCCGUAGCAGGGCAAGAACCAGGACAGGGCAUGGGGCCAGGGAUGGGCCAAGGACAGGGGCAGGGACAGAUGGGGGAGUGCCAUGAGUCUCCUAAGAACUCUGUGAUAAAGAGCAGGAGCCACGGGAUCUUCCCUGACCCAGCAAAAGACAUGCAGAUGGUGACUCUAGAGAAAUCCCACAGUAGUCCAGGCAGCUCUAAGUCGUCUUCAGACGGCCAGCUUCGUUCUCACGGUCCAUCCCGCAGCCAGAGCAAGAGCAGCGUCACGCAAGCCCACCUGGAGGAUGCUGGGAUAGCUAUAGCUGCCGCCGAGGCCGCCGUGCAACAGUCCCGCCUCCAACCAAGUAAUCCCCGCCCCUUCCUGUGACACACUUCCUCUCAGCUCUGCCACGCAUGCUAGCUCAUCAUCUCUCCGUUUAUCUAUCCUCUUGUUCUAUCACUCCUUCUUUUCUCUUCUUUUCCUCUCCCUUCUGUUCUGGCCUUCUGAUUGGUUCUUCUAAGCAAUUAGAUGGUUCCUCUAAGCAGUCAGUUCUAUUCUGUUGGGUUUUCUUGUUUGCUCUAGUGGUGUAUCACCCACUGAUCUAGUCAGAGUCCAUCACUAAAACAUUGCAUGGCAGAUCUUAUAGUAGACCCUGGCCUGUGGAGAAAACAUCUCAAUAUAAAAUCUAUAUUAAAAAUGAAUUUAUAAACUGCUGUUCUCACACUAAACACUCAAAAUGUGUAUGGUCCUCCGUUUCUCUGACGUUACUGUGACAUCUGCAGGGUUGGGGAAAGUAGGGCACAGCACCGUUUGGGCUCAGCGUGAGCAGAUUUCCAUCAUACACACAUCAGACACUCACAAUAGCCCAGAGUAUGAACAGUAACACACAGGACAGAGACGAAACAGCCACAGUUCACCAAAGCAAUUCUCUACUUCCCAGUCUAAAUAGAGUGAGGAUAUACAUGUCUCUCUCCAACAUCUACUGUCUCCCAGUGUGAUCCCCUAUCCAUCCUCCAGGUCUAGAAACCAUGAUAGAGCUUGACCCCCAGGUUGUGACAUGCAGUCCCCCUCGGUGUUGGUUCGGGUGUCUGGUUCACUCCCCUAACUGCCCUUUCAUUGGAAAAGGUCAAGCCCCUGUAGGUGUGUGUGAGGAAGUGUGAGUGUGUGUGCAUAUGUGUGUGACCCCUGACCCCUAAGUGUGUCCAAUGUAAUGAUACAAACACCCUGAGAUGUACAGUAGCCCUUCCUCCCUUCCCACCCCCGACGUGAUGAGUUUAUAAACGCCACCUGGCACUGACCAGACACACCAGGAAAUACAGACACAGCAGCAUGAGGGACAAAGGGCAACAGGAAACUGACUCUACACUCACCGGCCAAUGAGAGUACAGAAAGGAGUCUGACCUUCCGGGGAACAGCAGUGUCUGG